AUGGCGCCGCCCCACUGCCGUCGCACCAACUUCACAAAUUUGGUCCGCGGCGGGUUCCAGCCGCGCCUUCCGACUUCGCUGCCGCCCCCAGGGCAGCAGCAGCAGCAGCUGUCGCCGCUACCACGCCGACAGCCCGUCCCGUUGAUGCCUCCCGCGCAGCUUCUUGCGGGAGCGCCCCGGGUGGUCGCUCCGGCGCCUGCGGUCCCUCUUCAGUCGCCACCGCCUUCGGAGCUGAUGGACGUCGACCCCUCAGCCGGGCCGCCAUCCCAAGCGGUGGCUGUGCAGCCUGUACUGCAGCCGCUUUCCUUGGGCACCCCCAAGGAGUCUGACACCGCAGCGCCUUGUCCGGCGCCCACUCAGCAGCCGUCGACUCAGCGUCAGGAGACGCUGCCUCUCUUCGUGGGUCCCGACGCCCCGUCGCGUCCAGUACCAGAAGCUGCGCCCGUGGUCACAGGCGUGCACCCUGACCUCGGUUUUCAUCGCAAUUACAUCAUGAGCCUCAACGGGAACAACAACCACUCUUCUGAAAGAGACAGAGAUGGUAGCACCAACAUCAGUUCCAGAAAAACCUGCAAGAAAGAGGAAGAAUCAACAGAAGCAACAGUGGAUAGUGAAGUGACUGAGAAGAAAGCUGUACCUGCAAACAUUCUCAUGAUUUGCUAG